CAUUGUUGUAGAUAGAGAGAGAGAGAGAGCAGAAAUUGACAUGUUUUUUUCUUGUAGCAAAGUGAGAUUUCAAGCUUUGAUUAAAUAAAUCAGAGCCCAAGUGACCCAAAAAGAAAACGAGUGAGAAAAAAAAAACAAAAAAAAUCAGAGCCAAGCGUCACUUGUGCGGCUUUGUGGCAGUUUUAUUGCCAGUAUACAAAAAACAAACUAGUCCAACAAAAAAAUUUGUAAUCAAUAGAAGCAGCAGCAGCAGCUUCUCUCUUAGCUCUUUGUAUCAGUCUUCACUUUCUAGAGUUCAAUUCAGUCAAAUAAUUGAACUCAAGAAACUACAAUGUCUUCUGAUCUUUAUUUUUACGGUAGCUCUUUGUACCACCGUUCAAGCCCAGAAAUGGUCUCUUCUGAUGGUGACCUUUUUUUCCCUGACCCAUUUUCCCCUUUUUGUGAUUCUUCAACUGAAAUCUUUCAAGAUUUCUCGAACAACCAAAACACUCAAAGCCCACCUCAAAAUUCUAAUUUGUUGGACAAUUUUAGUCUAAACUUGCUCUCAUCUUCCCCCCCAAGUCACCAACUUGAGAAUUUAUCUCUCUAUCAAACGACUGCCCGUUUGCAGCAUCAGCCUCUUGCAAAUGUUUCUUCAAGUUGGUUUCCUGGUUUGGAUGUUUUGGGAGUGAAAACCGAGGAAUGUCAAAUGAGUUUUGACCCUUCUUACAGUAAUAAAAAUCAAUUCUUUAUGCCUCAUAGUCACACUAGCGGUAUGGAGAAUGUGACAAAGAUUAUGCAAAGAAGCUACAGCAGCAAUUCUUUCGAAGGCAAACCUGACGUUCUUUUUCAACCUCACUUUGACACUCUCCUAGAAUCAUCUUCGUCAUCUCCAAAUUAUCAUCAAAAUCAGACCUUAAGCCCACCUGAAAACACCUUUCUUGCUGGUCAUAUGAGAAGAGUUUGCAGCACUGGAGAUUUACAGAAUACAAGAACAGCGCAUACAAUUACAACACAGAGAUCAUUUUCAAGUCCUUCUGGUACAGAGAGUUCAUUUACAGAAGAAGCAAAUUUUAAAGUUGGUAGAUACAGUGCUGAAGAAAGAAAAGAUAGGAUUUCUAAGUACAGAGCUAAACGUAAUCAGAGAAACUUCACCAAAACAAUUAAGUAUGCAUGUCGAAAAACACUAGCAGACAACAGGCCUCGUAUACGUGGCAGAUUCGCGCGCAACGAUGAGACUGGUGAGAUUCCCAAAGCUGCAUGUUCUAGCAGACAUGAAGACGAAGAUGAGCUAUGGUUUGAUGGGGUGCAUAUAGAGGAAGACGAUGGAGGAAUUAUAGGAGGAGGAGAUUUCGUUAACACUAGUUACGGCCAAGCUCAGUUUCAGUAUUACAGUUACUGAAAUUGAUCAAGUUGGUGAAAGACGACUGUGUUUUUUAAGUAGAAGAGUUUUACUUUAGGACCUCAAGGGAAAAGCCCUUUUGAAGAAAGGAAUUCAAAGGGGUCUUGGAAAUAAGUCAUUGCUAAAAUUUUUAGUCGGUAGUUGGAGUUUAGUUUUAGCAGUUAAUAUUUCUGGUAGGGUCUUUCUUUUUCUUUUUCUUUUCCUUUGGGGUUCCCUUUUCACUGUUAUAGUUUAAUCAUUUGUCAUUUCCCUUGUGAAUGUAUAUGGUACUAAAUAAUGACUUACUACAAGGCAAUUUAUUUGA